GUCUUAUCCUGCCUGUGAUUGAGCUUCAUUGCAGAGAGGGAAAAGAAGGUGAUGAGACUCGCGUGCUGUGCGGUCCGCCCUCACACCGGAAAAGAAAGCGUGGGCGCGACAAGAAAGAGAGCUCCACUAGUAAGUCAGAAAUCCCUCUUCCUCCGACCCUUUACAGCAACACCUUUCCCUUCGCUUCGCUGUCACCGGAUCGUGAACGGACUCGACUCCCAUGCAUCAUCGGUAGGCCAUAGUGGAAGAGAUGCAGUCUGGAGACGAAGCCAUCCCACCGACGGUCCCGCGGCCUCCUUCCCCAGAGGACGGCGAGGGAGCCGCAUCGAAAGGUCUGACGAUGGGCUUGGAAGAAGACACAUGUAGGAUCUGUCGGAGCGGCGCAGAGGAGGGUGAACCGCUGUAUCACCCGUGCAAGUGCAGUGGCUCGAUUGCCAAGGUGCACCAGGACUGCCUCAUCGAGUGGCUACAGCACAGCAAAAAGAAGUCAUGCGAGCUGUGCAACACGGAGCUACAGUUUCACAAGGUCUACUCUCCCUCGAUGCCGGCGAAGCUCCCGCCGUACCUCUACCUCAAGCGGCUCGGUGUCCAGUCCCUCCUCGCUCUCCGCCUCUCGGUCCGCGCUGUGCUCGUCGUCUUUGCCUGGUUGGCCCUCUUGCCAUUGGGCAACAUCUACAUCUGGCGCCUUCACUUCUGGGCCGUCGAUGUCCUUGUGGCCACCCUAGUGGGGAACUUCUCGCCCCUCAGGCUCGCCAACUCGACGGCGACGAACUCUUCGAUGUCCCGACUCAACGAGACAGCGACAGCAACAGCGUCGAUCAGCGCCAACGCCAGCACCAGCGAGCCGGUCCUCUCGCCCAACGACACUAUAACCAGCAUCUCGCACCACUCCCUUUCACCUUCUACAUUGCUGGAGCGAGCAGCUUUCAGGAUCUUCGCGAGCGUGGAUUUCGAGCGUCUUUUCAACACCCUGGCCCACGACACCUACCAAGGGCAAGUCCUGACGUGUGUCGUCGUCGUGGUGUUUGUCGCCGUCUUUCUCCUCCGCGAGUGGUGCCUGCAAAACGUCCCGCAAGCCGUCGAAGGGCUCGAGGAUGCCGGCGAUGCACCGGUGGCCGCCGCGGCCGACGCCCCCGGUCAGCGCGAGGUCGACAGAGGGCCGGAUCUGAUGGGUCCGGAGCAGAGAAGGCGCCUCGAGAUUAGGCAGGAGGCCCUCGACAGGCAGCUCGAGGAGAUCAGGCAGCGCGCAGACAUGACCAUUGCGCGCGAGCAGGCGCAUGCAGAGGCAGAGGCAGAGGCAGAGGCAGAGGCAGAGGCAGAAGCAAGUGGAGAAGCCGCUGACUCGCAAGCCGACCCGGCAGCGGUCGCCUCGGAAGAAACACCAUCGGCGAAUUCAACGCAAUACGAGCGCACGGGCGAGACUGCGAGCGCAGCGCAAGAGGAAGAGGAGCGGCCAUUGACCGAGGCAGAGCUCAGGGACAAGCGCGCGAGACGAUUCGACCCAUCGUACUUCUCUGUGGACGACUCCGCAUCGCACUCGAGCUCGAGUAGCUCGGCUUCAGGUCCAAAUCUGGAGAAGAUGGACGAGUUGAUGGGCUUGGCUGCCGAGAAUGGAACGACGACAGGACUCAAAGGGAAGGAAAAUGGGAAUGCAAUGGACGAAGCGGAGGGCAAUCUUCCCUGGUCAACGGCGUCGGGGACAGAGAAGGGGAAAGCUAGGGAGAUUGAGCAUUCAGAAGGCGAGGUCGCGGGAUCCUCUAGCACGCUAGCCAGCCAGCCUGAAGGAACGAAAGUCCCCUCCGAAAUUGGGAUAUUUGAGGGCGAGGUAGCACCGUCGAAUGGUAACGGGCCUGGAGCUGGCCAUGAAGCGGAAGGAACGGGGAAGCAUCCGGGAGAAGAGGGGAUAGGAAGGCCUAAUGGAGCGUCGAGCAACGUAAAUGAAGCAGACGCGGAAGAGGACGAGCACAGCAGUGGCGACGACUGGGAGAGUAUCGAUUCGCCCUUGCUCCGAGAGCAAGAAGAGCGAGAGGAAGCGCACGUCGAUAUAAAUGAAGAGGUGGCCGAGCAGGACGAUGCAGUCGAGGAUCGAGGAGCAGAGGUGGGCGAGGGUCUCGAGCUCGACCUGUGGCCAGAGGAAGAGGCUCUCGACGGUGGCGAGCGCUUCCAAGACGAAGACGACCUUGACGGUGUCAUGGAGGCCAUCGGGAUGCGAGGCCCGGUCGUCAAUCUGAUGGCCAAUAUGGCCAUGAUGUUUGUCCUCUGCAGCAUGGUCCUAACAUUUUUUGUCGCCCUGCCCUACCUGAUUGGCAGGCUCUUUGGGACUGGACGCAACAUACCAUUGGCCCUUCAGCUUCCCAUCCGGGCAAUGCGUCUCGUAACGGAUCCCGCCUUCGACGCCGUCAUCGGAUACCUAAGGAACACAAGCCAUAGAGAGGGCUUGCUACAGGGUCUUGGAAAAGGAAAGGUGAUCAGCAGCGCCCUCGACAAGGGACGAUCUCUCUCGGUACCUUGGCCUUUGGCAAUGAUCAAGGCUACUUUCUUGUCGCUCGUCAAGAGGCCCGACGCCUUUGCAGACUCGCUUCUUUCCCUGCGCACAACGGCAGCAUCCUUUCUUCGCUCCCACUUCGUUAUUCUUGCUUCGACAUUGAAUGCGCUCGAACGAAAGACAAAGGGUACUUCGACGGGUGAUCGUGUCUUUUGCGUCGCUCUCGGCCAUAGUUACUGGAUCCUUGGACUGCUGGCCCAAGCCAGAUUAGGGACCAACUUCUACGCAAGGCUGCACAUGCGCUGGCUCAAGAACACCAUCGAUCAGGAAAUCAUCAUGAUCAAGGUUCUCUUUUUCAUCCUCCUCGAGCUCGCCGUCUUUCCAUGGGGAUGCGGUCUUCUCCUUGACUACACUCUCCUGCCCCUGUGGCCCUCGACGACAAUGGCUGAUCGUUGGCAGCAGCUGGUACACGCUCCAGUCUCCAUCUCCUUCACUCAUUGGACCGUCGGCACUCUCUACAUGUUCGCUCUGGCUCAAUUUGUCGCUUCGACGAGGAGCGUGCUGCGACCAGGAGCUCUUUGCUUCGUUCGCGACGCAGGCGACCCCAACUUCCACCCUAUUAAGGAGAUACUCGAACGGAGAAGCACCGAGCAGCUUCGGAGAAUCAGCGUCAGCGCCCUCCUCUACUCAGCAAUUCUCGCUUCGACCCUCGGCGUGGGCAUCAGGCUAAUGAAGUUCACCACUGAUGGUGCCCUGCUUCCCCUGCACUGGCAACCGAUGGAGCCCAUCAGCUCAGUUGGAUUCGAGAUCAUCUUUGUCCUCUUUGGCCUACCCUCGCUGGUCUCAAAGGUGAAGCCCGAGGCCAUCAUGGGCGUAUUGGAGAUCUGGUGGUGGAAGAGCGCAGCAAGACGGCUUCGCCUGUCAGAGUUUCUUCUUGGUAAGGCACGGCCGCAGGAGGAGGGAAGCCACAUCAGGACAACGUGGAGAGCCUGGCUGACUGGUCAAGAAGCAAGGCCGGAGGUGCUGGAGGAAGACGAAGCACCACAAGUCUUCUUUGUCCGCUCAGGUGGUCACGCGCGCGUUCCGGCAGACGACAGGGCCGUCAUGUCGACGCCCAUCAUCGUCCGCGUUGACAGGCAAGGGCAGCCUUUGGACAACCGAGGACACCUGGCGAUCCAAUCGCAGGAGGAAGCGAUUGAGAAGAUGAAGAAGAAAGCGACCUAUCGAGUCGUCUACAUCCCUCCCCACUUUAAGGCGAGAAUCGUUGGCCUCUUUGCCUUGCUGUGGGCAUCCAUCACUGCGCUCGUCCUGGGCUUGUUCUUCGUGCCCCUCGUCGUCGGUCGCCUUUGGUUUGCCACGUCGAGAGCAAUGGCAUGGAGGACCGAUGGGCCCGUACACGAUGGUCUGGCCUAUGUUGUGGGCGCGACUGUCAUCUGCGUCGUCUACCGCAUUGCGAUCAAAGGCUUCCUCCUUUGGAGAAAGGUACGGAAAUUACGGCACCGAACAAAGACAGCAGCGAUUCUCUCCCGUUUGGUCAAGGUAUCCAAGAGGCAAGCGAAGCGGAUCUGGCUGAUUUUUGCGUUUGGCGUGAUCACGCCGGCCAUCUUGGGCCUGACGACAGUCCUCUACGUCAACGUCUUGAUUCGCUAUCCGCUACUGACGAGGAUACAGUCGUUGUGGUCGUUGUCGUUGCUUUCCUCCGAUACCCUGCCCGACCUUUCGCUGCUUCACGCGUGGUCGUUUGGUCUUGUGGCGCAAGAGCUGCUCGUGGACCUUGUCUCCAGCCGCCAGCGCACACGACAGCAUCGUGACAUCGACUGGUCGAAGAUUCCGUCCGGAGCCACAGCCCUCUAUGCGAUUCUCGAAUUGCGCCGCGAGACCGUCUGGCGGAAUCACAAGCUUCCCGUCGGUGAGCUGACCCGACGGGGACUCCUGCCGACCGUAGCAUUCUACCUCGAGCUGCUGCUAGUGCCGACGGCACUGCUGUUCGUUACCGAGGGAAUCAUGCAAUAUUCGACCGUGGUGGGAAGCCCAUCCAGCCGCGGCCGGGAGCUGACACAGCACUUUUUAUACCUGAUCAACCUGCUCUGGAUGUUCCUCUCGCUCUUCCGUGAGACAAUCCAGCGCCGGCUCGAUCUUUGGACCAGUCUCAUCAAGGACGAGGUCUUUCUGGUCAGCACGGAGCUCAAGAACUACAGCGAAGCGAAUCAUCUACGCGGGGAAAGAGAGGGAGAAGGAGAGGGGGAGGAAGGGCAUGGGAGAGAGGCCAACGGGCCCAUACCCGAGGCGCUGCUGAGAGGAAGAGGCGGCGCUCCUGCAUAGACAGCUUCCUUUUCAAAGCAAUUGCUACCCUGUACUGUACGAUAAGAUGCCAAGGUCGACAAGUCUUGCCAUUCCCUUUUAUUCAAUGCAUACAACUGACCGC